AUCAAUGUUUUCCCGUUUAAAAAAGAUUGCAGUUGGACUGUAAACGUAUAGUCUGGAUUGAAAUAAGCACGUAUAGAAAUCGUCUCUUAAUUUCAUUCACCAGUUACUAGGGUUUCUUCAAGUAUUCUUCAUUCCUCACCCAGGAUUAAGGCUGGAGGAUUGACUGAUAAAGGACCUAUGGAUCUGGAGGUUGUGGGUCGACACGCUCUUUUCUUCGAUGACGAUGCCAUGGCGGCCUUUGUCAAUUCCACGGAUGCGCUUGUUGAGUGGAACUCUCUCACUAUCGACCGCUACGACGUCCGUCACCUUCUCUCUUCCCCACCUCUGCAAACAAGGCGGUCGCUUUCUUCUCUAUCUCAUGCUAUCGACUCGUCUCUUAAAUCAGAGCUAGAUUUGGAACGCUAUCUCGAUCUUCCAAUAUCUGUUAAUCAUCCAGAAAAAGAAGAAGAUGGUGUACACUUGGACAAUAAUACAGGUAGAUACAAUGCCAUCCCAUUCUCUUAUGUAAACGUCAAUGGUAAAACUGAAGAAGUGAGCCCUGAUAUGGGGAUGCAGAGCUCUGGAUAUCGUCCUCCCUUCAAUGUGCCUGAACACCUUCAAUGUUUGAAUUCAAAUGCUCGGAGCAGUGGAGUUAAUGUCAUCUAAGGUUGCCAUUCACAGCCACCAUCUGAGAAGGUCCAUCAAAUAAUUGCAAGGACCGCUCUAUUUGUUAGUAGUCACGGUGGGCAAUCUGAAAUUGUUUUGAGGGUGAAACAGGGAGAUAACCCAACAUUUGGCUUCUUGAUGCCAAAUCAUCACCUACAUCCAUAUUAUAGGUUUCUUGUUGAUCACCAAGAGCUUUUGCAUUCCAAUGGUGACACGAAACCACAAACUGGAGAAAGAAAGGUUGUCAGUGAGCCAGACGGUGCAUUAUCCUUGCUUGGUUCUGUUUAUGGAUCAGGAGAGGACGAGGACGUUUCUAACAAAACGACCUCCAAUGAAGCUGUUGAUGCAGUCCCUAAUGCACAGAAGGGACAAUUUAGUGCACUUGCGCCUAAGCAAGAUGAGACAGUUUUGAAACAUCCCUUUCAUUCUGGUGGUUUUGAUAAUGAGAAGACUGAUAUUAUAAAAAAGAAUCCUUUGGUCAGUGGAUUCAAGGGUGGAAGUGCAAGCUAUAAAAAACUGAAAGAUGACCAUGUAUCUGUGUCUGUUCAUGCAGCACUAGAGAAGCUUAAGGCAUCUGGUCUUGGGAUAACACUUAAGGCUGAACCUGUGGCUCUAGAGCCUCCAUCUGAUUUGAAAAAAUUGAUUAGUAAGAUUGUUGAGUUCAUACUGAAGAAUGGGAAGCAGUUUGAAGCAACACUUAUAGAACAGGAUAAUAAGCAUUGCAGGUUUCCGUUUCUUCUCCCGUCCAACAUGUAUCAUCCUUACUAUUUAAAAGUUCUCCAUGAUUCUCAAGAGACAAAAUACAGUGGCAACAGAUUACAAUCUGGGAGUGAUGGUUCACUUGGGAAACGACCAGAAGAAGGAGCCUCAUUGUCUUUAGUAUCUGGUGAUGGUGAUCUUCCUUAUGAAAAUGAUAAGAAGGAGAAAUUUAAGAUGGUGAUUGGGAAAUCAAAGAAGGAAUCACAGGAACAGUUAGACAAAGCUCCAGAGCAAGAGAAUGGAGGGUUCAGUGUAGAUGCCGCUUCGGCUGCCGCGAUACUUCAAGCGGCUGCCAGGGGCAUCAAGAAUCCCACUUUAGCAAUAUUCUCAAAAACUGCCGAGAAUGUUGAGACUAGUGCUGAAGCCGAUUCUUGUGAUCCACAGUUAAGCAAGGAACAGCAGCUGAAAGCGGAGAGAUUGAAGAAGGCAAAGAUGUUUGUGGCUAUGCUGAAAAAUGGGCCUGUCCCUUCAAUUAAAGGUGAGCCUUCAUGUGCAGUAUCAUUAGAACCACAAUAUGUUGGUCAAUUAGAUGGUAAUCAUUCAGACCAAGGCGAAGGACUGAAAUUUAUAGACGAGUACAGUGCAAAGCGAUCAAUGAGGAAGUACAGAUCAAAGUCUUCGAGACAUGAAGAGGAUGAGGGAGAAACAGAACAUCAAUCUCUUGGUAGUGAUCACACAUCUUUAAGGCAUAUACCGGAUGAUGACAAAGGAGAAAAAAGUGAAGAUAGGAAGGAAUAUAAACAUUCUAAGAGGAAGAAGCACCACCAGUCACAUCACUCAGAUGAAGAUAAUGAUGCUUCUGACAGAUAUGAAGAGGAAAGGCGAGGUCGGAGACACUCUAGGAAGAACCACCGAUCCCAUAAUAAGUGUGAUGAUGAUGAUGAUAAGAUAGAUGAAGAAAAACACCAUAGACACUCCAGAAAAAAGCACAAAUCUCAUAAUUCCUCAAAGAACACAAACAGACAUGAACGGUCAAAAAGAGCUUCCCAUUAUGAUGAUGAGCAGCAUAGAAACAAAUCUGAUAAACUAAGAAAAGGUGCUGCUGAAGGGGAAGAUUUGGAGGAAGGAGAGAUUAGCAAAGUGUCGGAUCAGUCCACUAGAGGACCGGUAUGUAGAGAAGCUUCGAAUGACGUUUUAAGUCCACAAAGAUCAACAACUCAACCCUCUGAUGAACUUAGGGCCAAGAUACGUGCCAUGUUGAUGGAAGCUAGAAGGUAGAGCCGUAAGCUCGAUAUUGUUACCUUUGGUGUUUGCCGGUAAAGUUAUAGGCUUUUUGUACUGAAAAUGUGUUAAUAUCAUACUCCGUACUGUUGUACCAUUUGAUCCCCACUUGAUAAUCAUUGUUUUCCCUCGUCCAAGUUUAUUAAAGAGACAUUUUUUUAUCUUCACUUGAACUAUUGAACUUUCAAAAUUUAUUAUUACUACGUUCCCUAGUAAUAUAGGAUUAUUGGGAGUCCAUUUCUUUGGGUGACAUUCGAGGAAU